AUGAGUUCACUCUAACUAAUUUUUAUUAUUCUAACUGUUUAUUAUUGCACUGCUGUAUACAAAUUGAGGUUUCAAUACCCAAUAAAACAAUUAUCUCCAUUAUUAACUGUAUUUUCAGGCGGAUUUUAUUAAUUAUUUGCAGCAAUUAUCUUAUUUGUAGAUAUAAUCAAUGAUUUCUUUGAUGAUUUUUUCAAAGAAAUCGAUGAACGAUGUCAAUCAUAGAUAAUCUUUAUAUAAGUAGUUUCAUUCUUCUAAUUAUGGUCAAGAGGUUGCUGUUACACAUUGUAAUUAAUGAAAUUUGUAAGAGUUGCUCUAGCUUUAAAGAAAAAAUAAUUACAAUAAAACUCAAUAAUAACUAGAUUGUUUCAGGAUGAAAAAAAGUUAUUGUUUGUCUCUUUAAUUUAGGGAAUCCUUUUUUUCCCUAUUGCAACUUACAUAUAAUGUUUAUUAGAAUCAAAACCAAUGAUAUAAGCAAUGUAAGUGUAUAAGGAGCAUAAAUGUCUUGUUGCAAUAAGUAUUGUUGUGUAAGAGGCACUUACUGUAAUAAUAAUCGGAAUCAUCUAAAACUAAAGCAUUUAGGAUAAUCUAUUUAAAUUGACAUUGUAUCCUCAAUUUCUCUUCAUAAUUUGGUAUUCUUUAACUACAAUACUUCCAAUCAAUGAGAGAAUCAUAUCAUUUUCCUUUUGGCUCAGAUGCUAGAUUAUGGUUGGUUUAUUUGUGGCACUUCCAAAAUAUUUUGUGGAACAACUACCUAAUAUUUACAUCACAACAAAACAGAUCAACAAUAUUGAAAUUAUCUUAUCUAAGAAAUUUAACAAAUUCUAUAAAAACAAUUUGAUACUAUCAUCUUUUAAGAAAUAUUUGAAUUUCAAGGAUAAACACCUUCCCCAGUAGUUUUAUUUGGACAAUUAUUAAAACGAAUAAUUUGUUAUCCAUCCAUAAAUAAAUUAUUAUCAAAAACUAUUGCACAUUCUGAUUUUAGUUGAUAGUAGUAUCUAGCAUUGUAGUAAUAAUUACACACUCGUAGAUGAGUUUUAUAAAUUGAAAUAAAAAUACAAUAUUUUUUUUAAUUAUUAGGAUUUGUCGUAAGUUUACCUUGGAUUAAUAAGGAAUAUCAAAUAAAUCUAUUGCAACGAAUAUUAAAAUACAGUAGCUUUUUAUAACUUGUAUCAAAAUUAUAAACACAAUGAGAUAGUCAAGUCGAACUUGGAGAGGCUCAAUAUUAGUUUGGAAGAGUUUGAAUGCUUUGAAGACACUUAAUUAAAUUCUCCUUUUUAAUGA